AUAUACCAGUUUGCCGUCGAUUCCAAGUCACUGCAACGUCUGAAUUCAAACCUUGCUAAUCAUGUCUGGACGAGGAAAGACCGGAGGAAAAGCCAGGGCGAAGGCCAAGACCAGGUCAUCCCGUGCCGGGCUCCAGUUCCCCGUUGGCCGUGUGCACAGACUUCUUCGCAAAGGCAACUAUGCCCAUCGUGUCGGAGCCGGAGCUCCAGUCUACCUGGCAGCCGUGCUUGAGUAUCUGACCGCUGAGAUCCUGGAGUUGGCCGGUAACGCCGCUCGUGACAACAAGAAGACCCGUAUCAUCCCCCGCCAUCUGCAGCUGGCUGUGCGUAAUGAUGAAGAGCUCAACAAACUCCUCGGUGGAGUGACUAUCGCUCAGGGCGGUGUGCUGCCUAACAUCCAGGCCGUCCUUCUGCCCAAGAAGACCGAGAAGCCCGCCAAGAAGUAAACUGAAACCCCAUCUACAAU